AUGAGUUACCAACCUGCCCACCAUCCUGCCUACCACCAAGGCUACCAGGUCCAGCCUCUGGGCUACGACUUGUUGAAAACCGAACUAAAUGACGUCGUCACAGAUUAUCUGAUUAAGAAGGGAUACAGACGAACUGAGGAGAUUUUUCGCCAGGAAGUCAAAGACGUCGACGAGACUGGAAAACCUAAAGAGCAAAGUGAUCCAACAGCACCUAGCAAGUUCUUACCAGCUGGAAAGUAUCUAAGCGCUUUCAAGCACUUCUCGAAAUGGAUUGAUAAUGGUGUCGACCUCUACAAGUUUGAGCUUAACAAAAUCUUAUGGCCGUUGUUCAUCUAUUCGUACCUGAGACUUGUUGGCCAAGCUUCCUACGUCCAUGCCCAAGAGCUUCUGGAGCAGCUUCGAGGCCGCUUUGAGAAGACUCAUCCAGAUGAACUCAAGAAUCUAGUUCUCAUCACACUCUCACAGCAUGUUCGAGAGAACGAAUUCGCCAAGGCAUAUCUUGAUAACCAAUACGUUAUCCCCAUUAGCAAGUUUUUGUCUGGGCAUCUAUUUCAUUUCCUUGAACGAGAGUUGGAUCAGUGUGGAGCUGUGGUUAUAGAUAUCAUUCACCAGCACUGCCACGUUGACGCCGUUGACCGCGGUCCCAUCGAUCCAUUUAGCUUCGAGGCCAUCUAUCGCCGCGCACAACACCUUGAUCUGGAUGAAGUCGAUAUUCAAGAAGGCAUUCCGGGCAUUUCCCAUCGCAGUGGACUCGCAAACCGUAACGUUCUUGACAAUGCCGCUGCUCUAAAACUAGGUCCACCGCCAAUCGAACCUACUCUUCGACUUGAUAUCACCGAAGAGCUAGGAGAAGAGGAUCGACUGCACCCACCUCGAGAGGGCAUGCCGUCGUUGGUGGAAGAAUUCAACGUGCUGCAUCCCAUUAAGAAAGAAUCAGACGACUCUCCCCAGCAGACGGACAUUCCAUACCCUCCCUCCAGAGCUAGAGAUGUCGUCGUGGAGAUGCAAAAAGUGCGAGAGAAUCGCGACAGGUUCCGAAUUGAAGGCCGUACUGGUGGUGUUGGACCUGGCGUCUCGGUCUGUAUGUUUACAUUUCACAACCACCUGGGCAGCUUUUCCUGCAUGGACUUUUCGAGGGAUCAACAACUAGUGGCUGUAGGGACGACGGAGUCCUACAUUCGAGUCUGGACUCUCAACGGAAACGCAUUGCAAUCUCGCCUACCAGGCGAGAAAGAUCUGAAAGUCAACAACCGCAAGCUUAUCGGCCAUUCAGCUCCCGUUUUCACUGUCGCCUUUUCCGAUUCUAUCGCCAACCUAGACCGAAAUAUUUACGAGGAUGCCACAAAGCCAGAGACCCACAGCGAAGUACUUCUCUCCUGUUCAGCUGACGGCCAGGUGCGAAUGUGGUCACUUGAGUUCUGGACAUGUCUCUGCACAUAUAAAGGUCACGAUGGUCCAGUAUUCUGCCUGUCCUGGAGCCCCCAUGGUCAUUACUUCGCGACGGGUGGUCGAGAUAAGACGGUGAGAAUUUGGUCGCAAGACCGGGUUUCGGCACCAAGACUCCUCGUCGGUCAUGAUACGGCAAUCUCGGCCUUGACCUGGCAUCCUAAUGGCGCAUACGUGUUUUCGGCGUCUGACGAAACCGACAAGUCGAUUCGCAUGUGGUCAAUGGUGAAUGGUGAUUGCGUCCGCAUAUUCACUGGUCACACGGAAUACAUCUCGGCACUGGAGUGUGCACCAAACGGGAAGAUAUUUGCAUCGGCGGAUAUUGGUGGUAGCAUAUAUCUGUGGGAUAUCGAAAAGGGUACACGUAUCAAACGCUGCCGUGGCCAUGGUCGUGGUGGCAUAUGGUCCCUUAGUUUCUGCGUUGAGAGUAGCGUACUUGCAUCCGGCGGCCAGGACAACACUGUGCGGGUAUGGGACGUUGAAAUGCCAGCUGAGGGUAGUCGUCCCGUUAAUCAACCAGAUGGGGAUGGAACGAUUGUUGCGGCAGGUGCACCAAAUGAUGGCAAGCAAGCCGGACAAGCGGCGCAACCCACCAGCAGCUCUGUUAGUGGUACAGGAAAGAGGAAGGGUAAGGACGUUACCAUUACACCUGACCAGAUCAGCGCUUUUCCGACGAAGAAGACGCCUGUGAUGAAGGUUCAGUUCACUCGAAUGAAUCUUGUGAUUGCCGGCGGUUGUUAUAAUCCUGAGACUCAGGAUGUCGCCCGCUGA